ACACACAUUCAUUCAAUACCUUUUCUCUGUCUCUCACACUCUUAUCACUCUCUCUCUAAAUACCAGCUGCCACAGCCCAUUAUUGAUACUGACCUUUUUGUUUAGCAUCAACCCCUCUCUCUAUAUAUAAAUACUCUUUGCAACUCAAAUCUCAAUUGCAUUUUCCCUUUCUUUUAUCACCACUCUCACUCACUCUCUGGAUUCCUGUUGCUAAGGAGUUUAGAGAUUUAGAGCCAACAUGCAGGUUUCCAAGAUUUUCUUCACUGUUGCUAUUUUACUAGUCGUGGUGAGUGUUACAGAUGCUCAAAAGGCUAAAUCUCCACCAGCACCACCACUAGCACCAACACCAGCUCCAGCAUCAGACUAUGUAAACAUAACUGAUUUACUCACAGUUGCUGGACCAUUUCACACAUUUCUCAAUUAUCUUGAACAAACCAAAGUCAUUGAGACCUUUCAAAACCAAGCCAAUAACACUGAGGAAGGUAUAACAAUUUUGGUACCAAAAGAUAAAGCCUUCUCAAACAUCAAAAAACCAGCUUCUCUUGCUAACUUGACCGCAGACCAACUGAAAUCUUUGAUGCUUUUCCAUGCAUUACCACAUUAUUACUCAUUAGCUGAUUUCAAGAAAUUGAGUGAAUCUGGUCCUGUUACUACAUUUGCUGGUGGGCAGUAUCAGUUGAAUUUCACUGAUGUUGGUGGAACAGUACAUAUGAGUUCAGGUUGGAGUAAGUCUAAGGUAAGCAGCGCUGUGCAUUCAACAGAUCCAGUUGCUAUUUAUCAGGUUGAUAGUGUUUUACUACCUGAAACCCUUUUCGGCCCACCACCACCACCAUCACCAACUCCAGCUCCAGCACCAGCUCCUGAUGUUGCACCUGCUGCCGAUGCACCCGGAGCUGCUAAAAGUGCUGAUGGGUUUUCUCCUAAAUCCUCAAAGAAAUCAUCUUCUCAUAAAAUUGUUAUGAGUUACUUUGUUUUUGUUGUCUCAAGUUGUUUGGUUUUGAUGUUCUAGUUAGACAGAAAGAAGGACGGAGAGACGGAGAUUUAGUACAUUGGAUGAGUUUGAUGAUUUAAUUUAUAUAUACUGGGGAGAACUAGCUAGCGAUUGUAUUCAUAUUUUUAAUUCCUUUGAAUGAUUUUUAUGUUCAUUUUCUUGUUUCUACUUUUCAGAAUGUAUGUAUUUAUGUAUGCUGUUGAAGUUUAAGUAAGAUGUUCUGUGAGAAUAAGCAUCAAAUUGAAUCUGUUUAGCACUGAUUUGUAUAAGCAGUAUGAUCUUUGUUUUGGG